AGGAGAAAUCUCUUAUCCCCACCCCCAAGCCCACCUCUAGGAUGUAAGUGAUGGUGAGAAGAUGAGGAUGAAAACAGAGCGGUGUGAGUGACUGGAAACCCAGCAGCCUGCUUUAGCUGCAGUGUUAUGUAGGAGUCGCCUUCAGACUUCUGCCUUUGGUUUUUCGGCACAAACUGCUCGCAGGUUUUCGGAGGCUGUGAAAGGACUUAUCGUUUGUGUGUCAGUGCUUUCCGUGUAUCAGCACAUUACCUUGCUUUUCCCCUGGACAGCUGUGUUCAGAGCUUCAUGUGGGAAUCUUUCUGCUGAAGAGAGAUAAAAUAGGAUCCUUAAUCUGAUUCUCUUUGGAUCUUUCUAUUUUUAUGGUAUAAAUUUAUCUAUUCAUGGGGCUGAAAAGUGUGUGCAAGUCUGUCAGAGGAGAACUGCAGCAAGCUACCCAGUGUCACAGCAUCCCCCUGUGGAUGGGCAUCCCCGGAUCCCACAAGCCAGAGGGUCAAUAAAAAUGGAAGCCUCAUCUUCUGGAUCUACGAUUUCAUCAGUCACUGGUGGAAAAGCAAAAACCCAUCAGCCAGAAGGAAGAGAGGAUUUGCAGGUUAACCAGCUGGAAACCCAAAUAUGGAUAAAACCAGACAUACAGAAGACAGAUGUGGACUUUUCAGAAAUUCUUAAUGCAAUACAAGAAAUAGCUAAGGAUGUCAACAUUUUUUUUGAUGAGUUAGAAGGUGUGAACAGCCCUUCCAAAGAUGAUGAUUCCCUGCUUCACCAUGGUAACUUGACCAGUACUUCUGAUGAUGCCAGCAGGCUGGAAGUUGUGGGAGAGGAAGUACCUGAUAAGAAUAAAACCAAUGGACUAUAUUUUAGAGAUGGGAAAUGUCGGAUUGACUACAUCCUUGUGUAUAGAAAAUCUAAUCCACAGACAGAGAAGAGGGAAGUAUUUGAGAGAAAUAUCAGAGCAGAAGGACUUCAAAUGGAAAAAGAAUCAUCCCUAACAAACAGUGACAUCAUCUUUGUGAAACUGCAUGCCCCUUGGGAGGUCCUGGGCAAAUAUGCUGAACUAAUGAAUGUAAGAAUGCCUUUCAGGCCCUUUAACCCCUUCAGUGCUGGAGCCCCCUGCAUACUUGUGCGCUGCUGUUUUUUAAAUGGACAUUUCAUUGAAAUCAAUGGGAGGUCAAGAAGAUCCAGGAGAAAAAUCUAUUACCUGCAUCGCCGAUACAAGUUCAUGAAUAGGAUCGAGAAACAGAUAAGCAGGUUCCGAGGAUGGUUGCCCAGAAAGCCAAUGAAACUGGACAAGGAAACACUGCCAGAUCUGGAGGAGAAUGACUGCUAUACUGCUCCAUUCAGCCAACAAAGGAUCCACCACUUCAUAAUACACAACAAAGAUACUUUCUUCAAUAAUGCUACAAGAAGUAGAAUUGUACACCAUAUCUUACAAAGAGUGAAAUAUGAAGAAGGCAAAAACAAAAUUGGUCUGAAUCGAUUGCUCAGUAAUGGCUCCUAUGAAGCUGCAUUUCCUCUGCAUGAGGGAAGUUACAGAAGUAAGAAUUCAAUAAAAACCCAUGGAGCAGAAAACCACAGACACCUGCUCUAUGAGUGCUGGGCUUCCUGGGGAGUGUGGUAUAAAUACCAGCCACUGGAUCUUGUAAGACGGUACUUUGGUGAGAAAAUUGGGUUGUACUUUGCCUGGUUAGGCUGGUACACAGGGAUGCUCUUCCCAGCUGCCUUCAUUGGAUUGUUUGUCUUUUUGUAUGGAGUCACCACUUUGAACCACUGCCAAGUCAGUAAAGAAGUCUGCCAAGCUACAGAUAUCAUAAUGUGUCCUAUAUGCGAUAAAUACUGCCCCUUCAUGAGGUUGUCGGACAGCUGCAUUUAUGCCAAGGUAACCCACCUUUUUGACAAUGGAGCUACUGUCUUUUUUGCUGUUUUCAUGGCAGUGUGGGCCACUGUUUUUCUGGAGUUUUGGAAAAGAAGGCGAGCAGUAAUUGCUUAUGAUUGGGACUUGAUAGACUGGGAAGAAGAAGAGGAGGAAAUACGCCCGCAGUUUGAAGCCAAAUACUCCAAGAAAGAACGAAUGAACCCCAUAUCUGGGAAGCCAGAGCCUUAUCAAGCAUUUGCAGAUAAAUGCAGCAGACUCAUCGUUUCUGCAUCUGGAAUAUUUUUUAUGAUCUGUGUGGUGAUUGCUGCUGUUUUUGGCAUUGUUAUUUACCGUGUUGUGACUGUCAGCACUUUUGCUGCCUUUAAGUGGGCUUUAAUCAGGAAUAACUCUCAGGUUGCAACUACAGGGACUGCAGUGUGCAUCAACUUUUGCAUCAUCAUGCUACUGAAUGUGCUGUAUGAAAAAGUUGCCCUUUUCCUGACAAAUUUAGAGCAGCCUCGUACCGAAUCGGAGUGGGAGAACAGCUUCACUCUGAAAAUGUUUCUUUUUCAGUUUGUCAAUCUGAACAGCUCUACCUUUUAUAUAGCAUUCUUCCUUGGAAGAUUUACAGGACACCCUGGUGCCUACUUAAGGCUGAUAAACCGGUGGAGGCUGGAAGAGUGCCACCCUAGUGGAUGCCUUAUUGACCUCUGUAUGCAAAUGGGUAUUAUAAUGGUGUUAAAGCAGACAUGGAAUAAUUUCAUGGAACUGGGAUAUCCGCUAAUUCAAAACUGGUGGACCAGGAGAAAACUACGGCAAGAGUAUGGCACACAGGGAAAAACAAGCUUCCCACAGUGGGAAAAGGACUAUAAUCUGCAGCCUAUGAAUGCUUAUGGACUCUUUGAUGAAUACCUAGAAAUGAUUCUUCAGUUUGGGUUCACAACCAUUUUUGUGGCAGCUUUUCCACUGGCACCACUUCUGGCCUUACUAAACAAUAUUAUUGAAAUUCGGCUUGAUGCUUACAAAUUUGUAACUCAGUGGAGAAGACCUUUAGCUUCAAGAGCCAAAGAUAUAGGCAUCUGGUACGGGAUCCUGGAAGGCAUUGGAAUUCUUUCGGUUAUCACGAAUGCAUUUGUUAUAGCAGUGACAUCAGAUUUCAUCCCUCGCCUUGUUUAUGCUUACAAAUACGGACCUUGUGCUGGCCAAGGAGAAGCAGGACAAAAGUGUAUGGUUGGCUAUGUUAAUGCCAGUUUAUCAGUAUUUCUGGUGUCUGACUUUGAAAACCGUUCAGAGCCAACAUCAAAUGGAAGUGAAUUCUCUGGUUCCCCAUUAAAAUAUUGCAGGUACAGGGACUACCGAGACCCUCCGCACUCGCCAGUGCCCUACGGUUACACGCUGCAGUUCUGGCACGUCUUAGCAGCACGCCUGGCCUUCAUUAUUGUGUUUGAGCACCUUGUCUUUUGCAUAAAGCAUCUGAUCUCCUACUUAAUUCCAGAUCUUCCAAAAGAUCUGAGAGAUCGAAUGAGGAGAGAAAAGUACCUGAUUCAGGAAAUGAUGUAUGAAGCUGAGCUAGAACGUCUGCAAAAAGAGAGGAAGGAAAGAAAAAAGAAUGGAAAAUCUUAUCACAAUGAAUGGCCAUGAGAGGAUGAGGAAGAAACAGCUUAAAAGAAGAUAAGAACUCUUGUUUAUUUAAAAAAACCCUGGUUUUCUACAACAGGGAGUGCACUGAGAGGAAUAGUAAGUAGUGUUGUGUGCAUUUAGCACAUGUGUGCCCCUCUUCAAUAGGGUGGCUUUUGUCAUGAGCCUUUUGAAAUUAGAGGUGUUUCCAAGGCUUAGUCAUCUCCAGAGCUGAUGUCAACAUGAGCACAUCAGACCAAUACUAAGUCUCUGCACUCUUGCCAGGAAGCUCCCAGGCCCUGACUAAAAUUCGAGGCCCUGAACUUCAAAGCAGUUACACAACUUCCAGUGCUUUACAGAACUUGGUGAUCUUACAGCUCAUUCUCAUGAAGUUGCUACUUCAUCAGCAGUGACUGCGCCUUGGCAACGUGGCAGUGUUUGUCUGUGUGUGUGGCCACCACCUGCAGCACCUGUGCAUGGCAGUGUUGCUCCCUUCCACAGCGGACCCAACCGCGUUAGUUUGCAUUUGCCACCAGUUAAGGUCACCUAGGUGGAUCAUUUCCAUUGCUCAACAACACUGAAGUAUUAUCUAGAAGGAGAUGUAUGAUCAUGAGUCUGAUCAACUGGCCAAACAAAGCUGAAAAAUGUAGGCAUCAGAAGUGGAGGCAGACAGCCAAGCAUCUAAAUGUGGCCAGAGGUAUCUAGCUGUAGGGUCAUUUAUUUGGAAACGACACUGUGAAAAGUUGGUAAUACAUGUUAAAGUUUUGAACAGUGCCUUUUCAGCUAUAGGACUGUCUGGUGUCUGAAGGAAUCAAAUCAGGUUAGGGCAUCGUGCCCAGAACUGCCCAUGUAUUUGCGUUGCCAGAUCACAUUGAGGCCUAGUCAGGAAUUAGGGUGUACUUACACACGUAACACAUGUCAGACACAUCUCAUAGACCUAUCUGCCUAACUAAAACAAACAAAAAAGGCAGAUGAACAAGGUGAGCAGAAUAAAACACAGUCAUCUGGAAUAUCUACACUUGUAGCACUUUCUGUAUUCAUCAUUCCAUUACCUAUGAAGGGGUGGAGGGAAAAAACAAAUCAACAGACUGUGAUAUGAAACAGCUUGAAAUCCUUAAUGCAGUGCAAUUCUACACAGGCUGCAAAUUAGACUUGGGCGAAAUAAGCCACUGUUAAUAUUGUUUAGCAAAUUCUUUAAUAUUGAGCAAUUUAAAAUUUCUGAUUUAAUCAAGAAAUUCAAAAUUUCCAGACUAUUAACCCAAAAGAGUGGACUUGUAGCUUUGAAGACAUCAUAAGUGUUGGAUGUAGCAAUGAAUCAAAAUACUGAGUGUUGUGAAAGCUCUUCAAUCAGUUGUUUCUAAAAGUUAUUCUGGAAGUAAUUUGAUUGAAGGAGUAGAAAUUGCCCUUCUGGAGAGACCACAUAAUGCAAGAUCCUACAGAUGGAUACCUCAAGCUCCACAUACAACAGGACCAUUUGCACCAAGACAAAUAUCACCAAAUUAGAUCUAUUAACUUUUUUCCACUGCAAAGAAGAACUGUGCUAUUUGCAUGAGGGGGGAGGUUUGAUGAAAGGCAAUAUGACUUGAGGAAGGAGAGGGAUGAAGAAGAUGUGAGCAUCCUCCUCUCUGUAGCCACUGCCUGCCUACACAAAAAAGCAAGGAACCUCCUCCAGUAGCAACCCACCAUCCUACCUGAAGAGGAUAAAUUACAUAGCAGCUCCCUUUUAUCAGCUGCUCCUGGCCCAAGCCUGAAAGUCCCAUGAAACAGCAUGAACACUGAAGGAAUUUCAGGAUUUGUCUGUUCUGUGUUGGCUUGGUGCCAGACUGAGUGGGGAGCACAAGUAGUGGUUUUGGGGUAAAUUCCUGACUAAUGGGGAAGUGAAUUUGUUCAUCUUUGCUUCUGCUCACAGCAGCUGUGGACACAGCCCACAGGACAGUGGGGAAAUAGGAAUAUUUCUGUCUCUGUAAAUAGGGGAUGGGGAUCAAGUAGUGUUGAUCUCCAAGACACACAUGCCAGAUGGGUUAGUAUUUAUCAUCCACCACCUAGUUGCAGC